AUGUCCAGCCCGACUGAAAGGAGUAUUUCUGAGGAAGAUGGGGAUUCGUCCCCUUUCCUUCUCUCAGAGGACUCCAGUAAAGAUCCGAUGAGGGAAAAUGAUUACAAUGAAGGCUUUGACCCCAUCAGCGACUCGGCAAAUCCACAAGAAUGGCCGUUGUCUUAUAAGCGAGGCAUCGUGGCCUUACUGGCUGGAUCUGCGUUUACAGUAACGUUCAACAGCAUGUCGGUCAUUCCAGUAGCAAAUCAAAUCGCGGAGGACGUUGGAAACGGGGAUGGGUCGAAAAUGGUUUCAGCUCUCCCCGUCACAAUAUGGGAGUUGGGUGAAGCGACUGGGUGCCUUCUCAUCGCGCCGCUCUCGGAAAUAUUUGGGCGUUACCGCGUGAUUAAUAUUUGCAGCAUUAUGUUCAUUUUCGCGACCAUCAUUGGUGCUGCAUCGACAUCCAUGUCGCAGUUCAUUGUCUCGCGGGCACUUGCUGGCAUGGUGGUAACCUCAAAUGUUCUCAACCCGGCCAUUAUUGGAGAUAUAUUUCCCCCAGAGCAUCGAGUUACUGCGUUGAGCAUUGUCCAGUUCGCACCAGUUCUUGGUGGCACAAUUGGCGCGGCUGCCAGUGGUGCCAUCUCGGAACUGUUAGGUUGGCGUUUUGUGCUUGGGACUAGCAUCCUAUUAGCAACCCUUUGCCAGUUCGGUUUCUUGACCUAUUAUCGAGAAACCUACAAACCCGCGAUACUGAGAAAGAGAGAGGCUACGCUGUAUGAAAAGUUGGAGGACACAUCAGGCGUCGACAGUCUGGGGGGAUCAUCGUACCUUGAACAAGUAUCAACCGGCAUUUUCUUGUCAUUGAUACGACCUGCUUUAGUCAUUUUCGAUUCGGGCGUUCUUGCUGCCCUGUCAGUCUUUGGUUCCGUUUUGUUUGCACACUAUUGUGUCCAAAACGUGACGCUUCCCCCAAUUUUGGAAGACACCUAUGGAAUGUCUCCGGUUGAAGCUGGAAAAGCUUUUCUAGUAAAUGGCGCGGGAUCGAUAAUCGGUAUUGUCAUAUGCAAAUUUACUAUUGAUAGAAUAUACCUCAAGCUUCGAGCAGCGAACAAGGGAAUCGGCCGACCUGAGUACCGUCUUCCCAUGGCCAUAAUUGCAGCCUUGAUGAUGCCGCUUGCCCUCGCCCUGUAUGGCUUUUGCGCUGAAUAUAGGCUCCCGCUGGGUCUCUUGCUCGUGUCCGUCGCGUGGACCCGUAUGUCUAUCGUGCUGGGCCUCGUGCCGGUCAUGGCAUACGCGGUGGAUGCCUGCAGUCUUUACUCGGCCUCUGCGGCGACAGGAAUUGUUGUCCUCCGAUGUAUUGCUGGCGCAUGCCUACCGCUGCUCACGGUGCAGAUGGUAGAGUGCGUCGGCUAUGGCACAAGCUAUAUUCUUUUAAGUGCUAUCAGCCUGGGACUCGGGUUGGUUCCUAUUUUAAUAAUGCGUUUUGGGCCACAUUGGAGGCAGCGUUCAGGAUAUACAUCUUGA